UAUUGCUGGCCUCGUUGGUGUUGAGGAAACCUUCGAUUAUAUCGUCUAGGUCCGCUAUGGCAUAUACAUCACCAUCACGAGUUACAUCUUACAAUCCACUCCCAGGCCUUCCGGCCAAUCAUGCAACCAUACAAUUCUCAACUUUUAAGCGUGUCAAGGAUGCGCUUGAAUCCAUUCACAAAAGCCUUCAAGACAAUGAUCUAGAGGGCAACCAAUAUCUCGUCGUUCUUGGCCUUUCGGAUCAUGCUUUGAAUAAGCUUAAACAUGAGGAUCAUCCUCUUGGCAUGAAAAAUUGCCGUCUGGAAUUAGAUGCUAAUAUGGCUAUUAUCAAAGUUAAACCUGGAUAUAGCCAUGAGGUACCUCUUGGAGUCUUCACUAGACUCACAGACAAUAAACUUGUAUUGAUGGGCUUUCCACUCCUGAGUGAUAGUUAUCUCUGGGGCCGAGCAACUACACACGAACCAACUGCCUCAAUGAAAGCAAAAGAGGCGGAUGAGUCCUUUCAUCCAGGAUCUAGAUUCGGAAAUGGGAACGCAGCGUUUCCGUGGCCAACCCUUGUUAUUGAGAUUGGGAACGCCCAGUCCCUAGCGAAACUGCGUGAAGAUGUGCGGUGGUGGUUUGAGAACUCGGAAGGUGAUGUGCGGAUUGUUCUUUUGAUGAUAGUUCAUCAGAGAUCAAGAACUAUCACCUUGGAAAAAUGGCAACUUGCACCACCCAACACACCUCCUCUAACUCGGGCAUCUAUCAAUGCAUUCCGACAGGCAGUUCCUCCAACUAUGCCACCCUUGCUUAUGCUGCCCUUUCACGCCUUGCUCGACAGCGCUCCCGUGCCGCCUCAGUCCGAUUUAGUCUUUACACAAGCAGAGCUUGUUCUUAUGGCGCAGCGUACCUGGCGAUAUUUCCUCUCUACUCUUUCUAUUUCUUCCUUUAUUUAUAUCUGUGGUUCUUCUCGAAUUCGCAAAACUACUACUACAACCACCAUGGCUAUAGCUACUACUGCCUUUUUCAACUCACGAGACCUCUUACUCCAGCCCCUCCCCGAUCUCAACACUAGCUUCCGCCGUACCACGAGUCACGCGUUGCACCCCGUUCAUUUCGUUGGAGUCCUACAACCAUGGGCAAACUUCAAGUCGGAUAUUAUGAAUACGGUCAAAUUGUCAAAUUUGUAUUUCUCGAGGUACCUAGCUAGUGGAAGAAGUGGUAGUAAUGAAGGGACUAGAGUCUAAUGACCAUAAUAAUUGCCAGAUUAUAAUCUAAGGAGCUUUGGAUGUAUCUCUAUUGCCCCAUAGAAUGGAUGUGAAGCUUAUAAUAUCGCCUCCCAUAUACCGCAUUUUUUUUUCG